AUGGAGGAGGCUACUGACAUAUCAUACUACAUUGGAAAAGAUGGGCUUGAGGCGUUGAGAGCACUUGAUGUUCCAUUGGAAGAGGGUGAUGUCGUCUCCAUCAAUUUGGCAAGCAUCGAUGAACAAGAACCCAGUGAGAUUACUCAGUUUCUCGCUGAUACCAAAAGUGGUAAAAACUAUUGGAUCAUUGUGGCUCGAGCUUAUGCGCAAUUGGGGAAAUUGGAGGAUGCAGUUAAAAUCAUCAAGUCGGCGUUGGAUUCGAAGCAUUUUGGCAAUGAAGAUACAAAGACUCUAGAAUUUUUUUUGAUAUGGUUGCAUUUCAAAUAUGCUUCCAUGGGCAUUGACAAGAGUAACCAUUUAGUGGAAGCGGGCACUAGUAUUGCCGACUUGGCCUCCAAAGUACAGAAUGAUGCACAAACUACGGCCGUAAAUAGUGCGAGCAACUUGUUGGCUCAAGCAGUGAUGGCAUUGUAUCAGGGUCACAAUGAUGAAGCAUCAACGAUAUUUGAAAAGAUAUUGAAAAGAGAUCAAAAUAAUACAUUUGCCUUAUUGGGUAAAGCGCAGGCGUUGUUGAAUAAAUCGAAAAACUAUGCAAGUGCGUUGAAGUUGUAUCAGCAAGUGUUGAUCUUGAAUCCGGCUACCAAACCAGAUCCUAGAUUGGGGAUUGGGUUGUGCUGUUGGUUUUUGAAUGACGAAAAAAUGGCAGUCCAAGCAUGGGAGCGUGCCCUUGAACUUGACCCAAGUAAUUUGAAAGCAAGGAUAUUUUUGAACUUGGCACAUUUCCACAAUGCAUUUAAUAGCUCCUGGAGUGAUGAAGAUUUUGUCACCAAUUACGUGACUUGUUUGAAUGAAUUGUCAAAGAUCCACAAGGCAAAUGUACAUGACUCCACCGUGUUGUUGGUUCUAGCAUCGUACUACUACUCCAAAGCCAAUUUUGAAACUGUUGAGAAAUUGUUGAAAAAAGUUGUCAAGGAUAUAACCGGUGAUGAUACUUUGACCAAACUCACCACCCAUUCUAAAGCAUCAAAGUACGACUCAACUGUGUUGUCCGAGUGUGGGACAUGGUUAGCAAGAGUAAAAUUUAGUGAGGGUAAUUUCAUUCAGGCCUCCAAGUACUUUCAAGAAGCAAUUAAGUUGAACGAUUUGAACAUUGUGGCCAAAUUAGGAUUGGGCCAAUCACAGUACAACAGAGGCUCAGUAGAGGAGGCAACAUUAACAUUUGAAUCAAUUCUACGCAGCAAUGCCAAUUGUUUGGAGGCGAUUUACUCUCUUGGUGUUAUUUAUGCCAAACAAAGCUCAAAGAAGAAGAAGGAACUUGCAGUUCAGAAUUUGGAGAGAUAUAUUAGACUUUCCAACAGUAGGGGUUUAUCAUCUAGCAAGAAUGAUAACGAUUUUUCAUUAAACAAAGAACCAAUCGCAUUAAAUGCUUAUUUAACUUUGAGCAAGUUGUAUGAAAAUACUGACUUGACUCAAGCACUUGCAUACUUGAACAAGGCAGUCCAAGCGAGAAAGCAAGUGGGCAAAGACGUGCCUUUGGAAGUCUACAACAAUAUUGGAGUUUUUCAAUUCACAAGGCAAAAUUUCAAAGGAGCGUUGGAGAAUUUCCAAAUGGCGGUUGAUCAAUUGGAUGGCGCCGAAUUUUUAAGUCCCGAUGGCGAUGUGUUGGUUGAUUUGCCCAGUGAUUUGAAAGUUAGUUUGACCUUUAACUUUGCCAGAACAAAGGAGCUUUCGGAUGAGCAAGAAGCGUUGAAAACUUACGAGUCGUUGUUGUUGGAGUGUCCUCAUUAUUUCUCUGCCAAGUUGCGUAUCUUAUUCUUGUCUUGUAUCCUGGAGACUGGCUUGACGCCAAAGGAAAUCCAAUCUGAGAUUGAGGAAUUGUUGAAAUUGAAUGCAUCCGAUUUGGAAGUUAGGUCAUUUUAUGGCUGGUUUGCCAAGAAUUUUGGCAAGAAGUUGGGCAUGAAACCGGAUGCAGAUACCGCUUUCCAGAAAGAGACCCUUGUGGAAUACGAUAAACACGAUUGCUAUGCUUUGCUUUCGUUGGCUAAUAUUUAUUGCGUUUUGGCCAGAGAUUUGAAAGGCUCUAGUGUGGAAGAGAAAAAGAGAACUUACUAUGUAAGAGCCACUGAAUUGUACACCAAGGUCUUGACUGUCGACCGAAAGAAUGUUUAUGCUGCACAAGGGUUGGCGAUUGUUUAUAUUGAAAACAAAGAGUCUACAAAAGGAUUGGACAUCUUGAGAAAGAUCAGAGACUCACUUAAUGAUAUAUCAGUGUAUUUGAACCUUGGACACGUUUUAUGUGACGUGAAGCAAUACGGAAAGGCUAUUGAGAAUUAUGAGCUCGCAUUGACUAGAUUUACUGACGGUAAGGACGUGCAGAUCUUGACGUUUUUGGGUAGAGCUUGGACUCUUCGAGCCAUCAAUGAACAAAGUUUGACCUUUUUCAAGACUGCUUUGGACUAUACUAAACAAGCAUUCAAUUUGACCAAGGGGUCUAAAUCGGCGUUAUUAUUCAACAUCUCCUACAUCCAAUUCCAAAUUGCCGAUUUUAUCACCAAACUUCCGGUUCAAAAGAGACAGCCACAAGAUAUAAGUGAUGCUAUAACUGGAUUAAACGAAGCAAUAGAGACAUUGAUUCAAUUAUCGUCAGAUGAAGAGAAACAUCCGCCUUACCCAAAGGACGAGUUACGAGGAAGAGCCAAUUUGGGUUCAAGCACAUUGUUGAACCGAUUGACCAAUGCUCUUGACGAAACCAAGGAAAAUAUUGCUGAAGUUGAGCACAGACUUGAGACAGCUAAGCAGUUACGAGAACAGGAGAAGGUUGCUCAACUUCAAAAGGAGCAAGAGAGGAUCAAUGCCAUGAAGGAGAAAGAAGCUGAAUUGGCCAAACAGAGAGCUGCAUUGCAGGAACAAGCGCAACAAUGGGCGGAAGAAGCAAGAAUGAAUGUGGAUGCCAAUGAAGAAGAGGAGAAUGAUGAUAAGUUGUUUGAACAGGAGUUGGAAGGCGGAGACGGUAAAAAGAAAAAUAAAAGUGGAAAAAGCAAAAGUAAAGGUAAAGCAAAGAAAGGUAAGAGUGGUAGAAAAGUUGUUUCAGAUAGUGAAGAAGAAGAAGAGGAAGAAGCUGAAUUUUCCAACGAUGAUGAGCCCAAGUCGAAUGGUAAGCGACAACGUGUCUCUGAUGAUGAAGAUGGUGAUGGCAACGAUGUGGUUUCGAAUGGAUCAAAAAGAAAGAAAACGCUGCAUUUGUCUAAUGAGUUCAUCAAGGAUAGUGAUGAAGAGUUGGAAGACGAUGAUCUAUUUGGGGAUGAGAAAGAGAGUGAAGAACAAGGUGAAGAGCAUGUGGAAGAGCAGAAGGAAGAGAAAGGUGAUGAUGCAGAGUAG